AAUUUGAUUAAAUUUCUCCACCGCAAUAUAAAUUUUCACACUAUGCAAAGAAUAACAAACCCCUCAACACAUCUAUUAAUUAUCCUAAGCUGUCAGUACCACAAUUCAGAGACAGAAUCUAUAUAAAUUAGAACUUGUGGUCACAAUAUUUUUCUUAUCUUGAGAUACACACAUGACUUGUUUCUGCUUCCUAGUUGAUCAGAGAAUAAUUGUUCGACGGAGCAAGCCGGUGGCAGGAACCUGUUCUCGGUGUUGCAAAGGUGCAAGUGUGGCUGAUAUGAUUACACAAACAAGAUUUUGCUAUGUUCCUUUCUACUGUAGUUCUUGGAAAGCUAUUGUAUGUACUUUUUGUGGAGCUAUUCUCAAAUCUUACAGAUAAACAAACAACAUCACCAAAUUAUUACCUAAUACUGUAUUUAUUAAAACUUGUAUACACUAUACUACUAUAGUAGAUUUCUUCUGUAUUAAGAGAUUUGACAUGAAUUUCAUGUAGUGACUUCUUGUUUUAAAUCAAGCAACACAACAAAAUAUACAAAAAAUUAUGCAAUGAAGUAUUUUGAAAAUUGAGAAACACUUGUUUUUCCAUUUCAAUACGCAACGACAUAUCAUAGAAGCUACGGUCCCAUAGUCUUUUCAAUGAUUUUAUCAGUGUUAUGCUUAUAUAGGAUAAAAAUACCGAUGGAAAGAAGAGGCUGCAAUUGUAUCUCACAUGUAUAUAGGAUAUAAAAACGA